AUGGCGUCAGCAGGUGGAGAACGUUUAUCAAGCAGUGAGUUUAAGAAGAAACGUGAGAUUGAAGAAGCACGUAAGAAUGGGACACUUCCACCUGAACAGGAUGCAGAUGGUAAUCUUAUUAAUCCGCAUAAUCCUGAAUAUAUUAGCAAAAGACCAUGGUAUUUAGGUGAUUCAGGACCGUCCUUGAAGCAUCAGACAUUACAGCAUCAAGCUCAUUUAUUAUCAAUUUAUGAAGCAGAUGAGAUUUAUAGUAAAGGAAAGAGAAAGAUUAUUCAUCCGUCAGCUGUAGGAUCAGGUACAUCAGGUACAAUAACGACACCGAUUCGACAGCGCAAGUGGCGUAAAGGUGCAUGUAAAAACUGUGGUGCUAGGAAUCACAAGACAAACGAGUGUGUUGAACGACCACGUAAAGUAGGCGCUUGGAAGACAAACGAUGAUAUUCAAAAUGAUAAUGUGGUUGUAGAUGUACGUUCAGAAAAAUUUGGAAAGCUUGCGUUUGAUGCAAAGCGUGAUCAGUGGCUAGGCUAUGAUCCGAAGGAACAUGCCAAGACUAUUGCACGAUAUGAUAAAGUAGAUGCAGCUCGUAAACAAUUGCGAGCUGAGGAGAUUAAUAAAAAACUGAAUGAGUCAGUGGAUCGAAAGACAAAGAAAGAAAAGAAGUUGCGUGUAAAGGACGAGGAUAAGGACAUGGCGUCGAAUUCUGACUCGGAUUCCGACUAUGAGUCAGAUAUGGAGUCGGAGGAUGAAGAGUUCCGUGAUCGUGAUGAAGGACCUAUGUUUACAGAGCGUGUAGCACGACAGGGAGGUGUAGGUGGUGCUCAGAUGAAAACAACGGUGCGAAAUUUACGCAUUCGAGAAGACACGGCCAAGUAUCUGCGCAACUUGAAUCCAAACUCUGCUUACUACGAUCCAAAAACACGUUCCAUGCGCGAUAAUCCCAACCCAGAGCUCAAUCCAGAAGACACUACGUUUGUUGGUGACAACAUGGCACGUUAUACGGGCGAUGCACAGAAAUUAGCAUCGGCCCAGCUUUUUGCAUGGGAGGCUUACUCUAAGGGCACAAACAUUCAUUCGCUUGCAAACCCAUCGCAGGCUGAGUUUCUGAAAAAGCAGUACGAAGAGAGAAAGGCUGCAUUGGAGAAGGAGAAGAGUCGAAAGAUUCUCGACAAAUACGGGGGCCAGGAACAUUUGGAAGCUCCACACAAGGAGCUUUUGUUGGCGCAGAGCGAGCAUUACGUCGAGUACUCGCGCGACGGCCGCGUCGUCAAAGGCCGUGAACGAGCACCAGCACGCUCCAAGUAUAUCGAGGACGUUUAUGAGAACAACCACACGAGCAUUUGGGGCUCGUGGUUUGACCGCAGUGAAAUGGCAUGGGGAUACGCGUGCUGCCACUCGAAGACCCGCAAGUCAUACUGCACGGGUGAUGAAGGAAAAAAGGCAUUGCAUGAAUCGGAACCGACGAAUAUGGAGCGAUCUGCGCUGAAUAUACCGGGGAAACAUGAGCUUGGAUCGAGCGAUAAGACUGAUCAAGCUCAAGCAGGUAGUGUUAUUAGCAAGCGCAGCGAAAUGUAUGGUGAGAAUAUUGCUCCAAAACUAGAUGAAACGAAGCUCAAGAAGGCUAUGAAGAAGGCAGCUAAUGAAAAGAAGAAACAGGAGAAGGAUGACAAGAAACGCAAGUACAACUCGAUGGGCAAUUACGAGGUGAAUGCAGAGGAGAUGGAGGCGUACAAAUUGCUCAAGUCACGCGGCGACGAUCCCAUGGCAAACGUGCUUGGUAACGACGUGCUGCUUGACGAAAAUGAAAGUAAUGAGAAACGGGCAAGGCGCUGA